AUGUCAUCCCCCCCAACUUCCAAGCGCAUCAAGACAACUGUUGCCGCCAACACACCAACGCAUCCUCUAAACCAACAGCAACAGCCUCCCCCCUUUACCGGGCCCGGCCCAUUCGAGAGUGUCCCUAUGGUGCCCACUCCGUCGCCAGCGUCCGUGCCAGCUCCAGCACCAACAGCUUCUAAUCCCCGGAAGCGACGUGCGUCAUUUCAGACUCCUCCUUUGGCCUCCAUGGCCCCUCCCCCGCUAACAGGUGCUGUUGAAGGCGAGGGACAAACCACUACUGCUAGUACCACCGGCGCGACUGCGGCGCCCGAAACCGCAGGCAAGAAGAAAGGUCGAACAAACACGCCAUGGACGGCGGAAGAGGAACAACGGCUCAAGACUAUGCGCGAUGCCGGUAGCACCUGGAGCGAAAUUGCCAAGACUUUCCCCAUGCGGACCGAAGGGAGUGUGAAGAAACAUUGGUACAAGGACAUGCAUUACGCUGAGUUUACCGAAGAGGAGUCCAUAACACUGCGUGAUGCCAUCAAAGAGUACGAAUCGAAUAAAUGGAAAGUCAUUGGGCAAAAAAUCGGAAAGCCAGCAAAGGCCUGCGAGCAAUAUGCGAAGGAGCAUUUUAAAAACCUCUAA